GUGAAUGCAUUUGUGGUAAAGAGGCUUAAAGAGAAGAGCUUUGCCAGAGGAGAGGAGAUAAGAUAACAAGUAUUUCUUCUCAAGUAAAAUAAAAGAAAAAUGGCUGCAACCUCAGCUUCUUUCCUCAAGUCAGCUCCAGUUCUUGAUAAGUCUGAGUGGGUUAAGGGCCAGACCCUUCGUCAGCCUUCUGUCUCAGUUGUCCGAUGCCUCCCUACAGCCCCAUCUGGUCUCACCGUCCGCGCCAGCUCCUAUGCUGACGAGCUCGUCAAGACCGCGAAAACCGUUGCCUCACCAGGGCGUGGAAUCUUGGCCAUGGACGAGUCGAAUGCUACCUGUGGGAAGCGUCUCGCCUCGAUCGGGCUAGAAAACACUGAGGCCAACCGCCAGGCUUACCGUACUCUCCUGGUCUCAGCCCCUGGCCUUGGUCAGUACAUCUCUGGUGCCAUCCUUUUUGAGGAGACUCUCUACCAAUCCACCGUUGACGGCAAAAAGAUGGUUGAUGUGCUCAAGGAACAAAACAUUGUCCCUGGUAUCAAAGUUGACAAGGGUUUGGUGCCUUUGGCUGGUUCCAACGAUGAGUCAUGGUGCCAAGGUCUUGAUGGCCUUGCUUCUCGCACGGCUGCUUACUACCAGCAAGGAGCUCGUUUUGCCAAAUGGCGUACUGUUGUGAGCAUUCCCAAUGGCCCAUCAGCUCUGGCAGUGAAGGAAGCUGCUUGGGGUUUAGCCCGCUAUGCUGCUAUCUCCCAAGACAAUGGUUUGGUCCCAAUUGUGGAGCCAGAGAUCUUGCUUGAUGGUGAGCACGGUAUUGAUAGGACUUUUGAGGUUGCUCAAAAGGUUUGGGCUGAAGUUUUCUACUACCUUGCUGAAAACAAUGUUUUCUUCGAGGGUAUCCUUCUCAAGCCAAGCAUGGUUACUCCUGGUGCUGAGUGCAAGGACAGGGCCACCCCUCAGCAAGUCGCCGACUACACCCUCAAGCUCCUCCACAGAAGAAUCCCCUCAGCUGUCCCCGGAAUUAUGUUUUUAUCUGGUGGACAAUCUGAGGUCGAGGCAACCUUGAACUUGAACGCCAUGAACCAAGCCCCAAACCCGUGGCAUGUGUCCUUCUCUUAUGCCAGAGCCCUUCAGAACACCUGCUUGAAGACAUGGGGAGGCAGACCAGAGAAUGUGCAGGCUGCUCAGGAGGCACUCCUCCUCCGAGCCAAUGCCAACUCACUUGCUCAGCUAGGCAAAUACACUGGUGAGGGAGAGUCAGAAGAGGCCAAGAAAGGAAUGUUCGUCAAGGGCUACGUGUACUAAGCAAUUUGUUGAGAAAGCUAUGUAGACGAAGAAGAUGAAGGCGAAGAAGAGUUUGAUGGAUGAAAACUAAUUUGGUCUAAAAUGAAAUGAAUUGUAUUGCUAUAUAGCUCCAUGGAGGAAGACUAUUUUUGUUAAUGAUGACAAUGUCCUUUUUAGCAGCUUAAUAAACUUGUUCCUGGUGAGUUGAGUUAGUGUGUA